UGGCCUCUAGAUUACGCUAAAAUAAAUUUAAAUUUCCAUCUCUCUUCUCUACCAUUCAGGGACAGCCGAACCUCUUAGAUUCGAUUCGGCAUCCCGACCCGGAACUUCGUCAUCUCUGUAAUUCUCCGAGCUACUUAUAUACGCUUUCGAUUAUCCAUGAGGAAUUUGAAGUUUUAAUGCUAGUGAAUGCUUUAUCAGUGGAUAGAGCAAUAUGUCAAAAUCUUGCAAGGGCCUGGCUAUGGAACUAGUCAAGUGUCUGAGCGAAUCGGAUUGUAUUAAGGUUGAGAAGAGAUCUUACAGGGAAUGUGCUGGAGAGAAGAGCCCAUCCAUAUCAAGCGAGUGUGUGGGACUAAGGGAAACUUAUUUCAAUUGCAAGAGAGGCCAGCAAAACCAGGUCUGUAAUGCGAAACUGCUUGAGAGUGAUACUGCCUUGGAAAUCUUCCAUGCAAUGGAAUUCUGCUUCAGCAGGGCAACCCCAAGUCUCUGAUUUUACCUAUCAAACUCAUAUAGCUAAAGUGAAUGGGGUUUCUUUUAUUGAUGAUUUACUUGCUGUCUAAACUUAGGGAGAUGUUGUUUAGGCAUAUAAAUUCACUGGAGUGGCGAAGGUAAUUUUUUGUGUCAAAUGUGGCUGGAAAGUCAAGUUGUGUUCCGUUGGUUGCUGGAAAUGAAAGAAGAAAUGAUGAACCUAAGGUGGAGGGCUAGUCAAGGGCUUAGGCAAUAUGGUUGCUCCAUUUAGGAUAUGAACCUCCUACAUGACAAUAACGUGUUCUGUAAAAUUUGUAAAAAAAUAUAAAGUAAAUGGACUAAAACAAAAUAGAGGAAGAACAAGAGUGCUGAAAUGUUAUCUUCACAUAACACAGUUACUUCAUCUCAGGGGUGUCACUCAAACAAUAAUGAUCGCCUAAGUUAUCAAAUAAAUUGAUGUCAUAUGCCUUGCCAUUAUUGGACAAA